CCCCUUUCGGGCAGCCGAGCCGCCGGGGACCGAGGAAGGCUCCGGCAGAAUUGGGGGUUCCGAGGAGGUGCGGGCGCCGGGUUUCGGGGAGCCGGCCGGGGCUCUUCCUGGUGCGUCAGGAGGGGGGCGGUCCCGCUUCUAUAAAUCGGCCCCUCGGCCAAGCGUGCUUCAUUCAUAAAAUUGCGGCGCCGGGAGGAAGAUCAGCCGCCGGCGGAGAACCAGAGGAAAAAGGCAGCGAGAAGCGAGAAAGAGCCGAAGAAGAGGCGCCGGACCCCCGACUCUCUCUCUCUGUCUCUCGCGGGCAGCCCCAGCCGUCGUCGUCGUCUCCGGGUUGCUUCGGAGCCCAGCGAGGACUGACCGACCGGCGCCGCCGCCGCCGCUGCUCCGGAUUGCUGGAUUUUCGGGACACUUUGCGAGACUCUCUUUUGGGGGCCGGGGGGGGAUUGGGGCUGGCUUGACCGUCGGAACCUCGGCCGGCCGCCCCCCCCUCUUUGGUUGUUCGGCAGCAUGCCCCUCUGAGCGGAGCGAGCGCGCGGGGCCUCGGGCAGGGCACUCGGGGCGCCGUCUCCCCCCAGGCACCGGCAGCCGGAGGGGGAGGGAAGGAGGGAGGGCCGACGAGCGGGACCGACCCGGAAGGCGAGCCCGGCUCCCCGCUCACCUUGGCUUCCAGGCGCCCCCCGCGCGGCCGCGGCUUCCCCCCUGCCUCUCCGAGGGAGAUGUAUCAGGGCUUUCCCGGAGACUACGACUCCACCUCCCGGUGCAGCUCGUCCCCUUCGGCCGAGUCGCAGUACCUCUCCUCGGUGGAUUCCUUCGGGAGCCCCACGGCCGGCGCCGCCGCCCAGGAGUGCAGUGGCCUUGGGGAAAUGCCUGGAUCCUUUGUGCCAACGGUGACUGCCAUAUCCACUAGCCAGGACCUCCAGUGGUUGGUGCAGCCAACUUUGAUCUCCUCCAUGGCUCAGUCUCAGCAGCCUCCGGGCCAGCAAAUGCCACCGCAACCGCAGCAGCAGCAGCAGCAGCAACAGCAACCGCCUCCACCCCCCACCGUAGUAGACCCCUACGACUUGCCCGGGACCAGCUACUCCACCCCGGGAAUGGGUGCCUACGCUGCGGGUCCCUCCACGGCCCCCAUGGCCCCGCCACGCUCCACCAGGGCUCGGCCCCGAAGGACGCGGGAAGAAACGCUGACCCCAGAAGAAGAGGAAAAACGGCGCGUCCGUCGGGAGAGGAACAAACUAGCAGCAGCCAAAUGCCGAAAUCGCCGCCGGGAACUGACAGACCGACUUCAGGCAGAGACGGACCAGCUGGAGGAAGAGAAAGCCGAACUGGAGUCGGAGAUCGCCGAACUGCAGAAGGAACGGGAGCGCUUGGAAUUUGUCCUUGUGGCUCACAAGCCCAGCUGCAAGAUCCCUUACGAAGACGUGGGCCCCGAGCUGAGCGGCCAGCCGGGCACCUCGACCGAGGUGAGCGCUUUAGCCCUGCCGGUCAAAGACGACCCCUUUGGGCCCACAGCGUACUCCUCGGUGCCUCUCCACUUCCAGCAGCAGAGCCUCGGCGGCGGAGUCCAGACGAUGGGCCCCACGGCGGCGGAGGUAGCGUUUUCUAGUUCUUACUUUACACAUGGUGAACAGCUGACCGACCCGUACCCAGUUAACCCUUCCUAUACGUCUUCGUUUGUGUUCACCUACCCAGAGGGAUCCACCUGUGGAGCCAGCCACCAGCGGAACAGCAGCAGCGACCAUUCCUCGGACUCUUUAAAUUCUCCCUCGCUCCUUGCUCUGUGAAACUAAAACCAAAAAAACCCACACCAAACCACAACCCAAACUCAAACCUUUCCGCCUGAUCUAUGUAAACCCGCACGCGCAAAACUUCCAUGUGAGCGAAGGGGGUGAGAACGAGAGCGAUGGCAAUGUACGCCCGCACAUAACAGCCCCCCCCGCCCCCCAACUCCCGGCCCAACCGUCCAGGAGCAUCAAAUCUAUAUAAAAAAAACUCCAGGGAGGGGUGGAUUGGACCUGACCUGUGUCUGCAACGCCGCUAUCCACACUGCAGCUGCUGCCUUUAGCCACGCAACAGCAUGUUGCGCUUGCUGUUAAACUUUUGGGGGUGCGGCACACACACGCGCACGCACACGCACGUUGGUGGAGAGUCUUUGCCGACCGUUGUCCGUUUUAACAUUUCCACAUUUUUUGGGCUUUGCAAUUUUUACAUCAGGAGGAACCAGGAUUGCGCUUCUGAACUCCACGGUUGGAUCUGCUGAUGCCUUGAAGAGUUCUGAGCCUAGCUUGCUUGGUGGAAACGGGGGAACUUCGCCUUUUACCGAACGGGGACUCCUGGUUGAGCUGGACUGUGGAUGUUUCUCUAUUGCUUGCCGUCAUGGUUGUAAGAAGCUGAGCAAAGGGGCUGACCUGCCAGCUGGGGAAAUGAGGACAAGUUGGGGUACUCCCUGUGCCCUCCCUUCUCACCCCCAACCCACCCACCCCAGCUCUGCCCUAGCUUACGCCUCACUGGCUUCCUUUGUGAAUUCUGUGCCAGCUUGCAUGGUUUAAAACGGGCACUUUAAUGCUUUUCCUGUAGUUGGUCAGUCAUUUUAGCAUCACCUGGAUAUGAGGUCUCCUCAGAAGGAGCUGGAUUUUUACAAGCACUUUCCACGCCAGGCUACAAGGAAGGCCAAAGUGCCGGGGGGGGGGAGGGGGCUAAGUGGCUGCUUGUGGCCAUCACUGGGGAUCAGGGCCGAUGCCUUAACCGAAUGUUUCUGCCACUCUGCAGCCACUCUCAAAGAGUGAGCACUAUUUAAAAAGUCCCUUGACCUUAGUGGGAUUUGUGCCUGCGGCCUGAUCCUGUGCAUGUUUACUCAGAGGAAGUCCUAAGGAGUUCCAUGGGAGGUGCUUAAAUGUGCUCCCAGAAUUGGAACCUGGACAAGACCGAGAGAGGGAGAAAUUUAACUUAAUUGGCUUGCUGAAAAUAAAAAUACUCUUCUUGUUCACAAGUUUCCAAAGUGAGGGAUUAUUAUAAUUAUAUUUUUAGGGACCACUCUGCCAUUUCAGGUCAGUGUGUAACAUGUUCAUAAUAGUGACAACCACCACCAGCAAGGUAUUGAAAACUCGGAAUAAUUUUGGAAGGCUGGUGGCUUUUUGGUUUUGAAAUUGGGCUGAGCCUACCAGCCACCUCCUUUGUGUGUCCCCCAGAACAAAGCCUUUUCCACUGGCAGGAUUGUGCCUCCCUUGCUUGGUUUUGCCUGUCGUGUGUGUGUGGGGGGAAGAGCACAGUUGUGGGGGGAGUUUGGUGAUAAUACUGUGAAUGGACCUCUUGCCUGUACAGAUGCUUCUCUUGAUAUUGUGAGACUCUCAAUAUUUUUGCCUUUUGUCAGCCGAACUUUAGGUGGACUGUACUUGCUCUCUUUUUGCUCUGGUUUAUUGUCUUUGUGGUCUGAAGCCAAUUCCCGAUCUCUGAUCCCGAUGCCUUUUUGGGUUGGUCUUAAGUCCCACGCACUGCAGCUGUUUUGUUAACCUAGCCUGAGAGCUGGUAUCUGUCCCAGAGCUUAGCAUCUUUCAAGGGGGGGGGGUUGUUUGUUUUGUUUUGGACAGCCGAUCCCUAGGGCCAUACUGGCUGGGGGAGUUGUAGUCCAAAAAGCUGUCUUUCUAGGCUCUAAUCUACACAGCCAAAUGUAUAGUGGUUUAAUCCCAUUUUGGGGGUUCAUCCUCUGGAAUCCUGGGGUUACCAAUGAAGCACUUGCAAUUGUUUUCUGUUCAAGAGUUUUGGCGCACUUUCCUGUACUAUAGCACUUGAGCGCUCUAGCAGGGAACUGUCAGGAUUUCACCAAACUGCCUGUCUUGGGAUUCUGCAGGAUGGAGCCAUGACCAUUAAAUGUGGGAUCAAAGUGACAAAAUUAGGGAGCGUAGACAUGCUCUGGGAAUGAUCCCAAUGUGGAGAUUUCUCUCUCUCCCCCCCCCGCCCCUGCUCUCAUAGGCUGCUGAUAUUUAUGGUGAGACUCUUCUGGUGUUUAGCUGCCUUGUGCCUUUCUCCAGUCCAGUCCUAUAUCCCUUGAGUUCACUUGGCCCCUACCCUGCUCUUUCUCUGCCUUGGGUUCAGGAGCUAGCCCUUCACUGUUUCUUGUAGCUUUUCCCUUCCGUGCACUGUGCCCAAGAUGCUACUUCAGUGCCCCUUUCCUGCAACCCUGAGAAGCGAAGCUUGGCUCUGUGAAAAGUGUUCCAGGGUCGCCACCCGGGCUCAUGUCUGCUUCUAAGGCUGGCCCAGCAAAACGUGGGGCUUCCACCCAUGGAAGGUCUGUUGGCCACUUCUGAGUUGUCUUCUCCAGAGAUCAGCUGGUUUUCUCGCAAGGGUAUCUUCCUAACUGUGCUCUGGAUCCCACUUGUGCAUCGCUUGUGCAGUCCUGUGCAAUAACACUCUCCUGCUUCUCACACCACGCUGCCUCUUAGGAUUAACCUGGCACGCUAGUGUUUUCACGGACUGGGGAAAAGUUGCCAUGUAAUUUUUUCCAAUCUCUAGAGCACGCCAUGCUGCUUUACAUAAUGUUUCCAAGAGACUUUUCCUUGUGACCAAGCUUUUGAUGUCGUUGUUUUUAAUAUUUUUUUUUAACCUAUGAACUUUUAUUUUUACUGGCUUAAAAACGUUUAUUAUACACUUGCUGGGGUUUUGGGGGGAUAUUUUUAUUUUUUUUAAUUAUUAUUAUUAUUAAUAUUAUUUUCCCCCUUGUGCUGUAUUUUUUUUUUUAAUUUGUGUGUGUGUAAUGUGUUUUAUUAAGCCAUGUGGGGCCAGCAGAAGAAAGGGAGGCAAGACCUUGGAUGCCUGGCCUGGCCCACUUGUUCUGCCAUUGACUGGUUAGUGAAAUAGCAAAUAAAGACAGCUUUGAAAAAUGCACUUUUUAAAUGAUGAAUAUAAGAUCUAUUUUUUCAAACCCAUGUAAAAAAGAAAGCCAUUAAGGUGCAAUAAAAACGAUCUGGAGCCCAUA